AAACAUACGCAGUCUAAAAGGAAUCCCUGAUAAAAAAUAAAUAAACAAUCUUUCCAUCGUAUAUUUUUUUUAUUUAUUUUUCUUAAAUAAACUUAGCCUCGUGGAAAUACGAUAAAAUAACAAAGAAGUUUAUUCUCUUUCGUAUUUGACGUCAGAGACGGAAUUGUGGGUAAAUUGAUUGGCCUACUUUGUUAAGGUCACCAUUUGUUUACAAGGAAACUAAAUUGCUUCUGAAAAACGGUAAAGUGCAGUUUAUACGACACAAUCUCAACAGAUAUCCACGUAAAAGUCAAAACUUGAUGACUUUUCUAAACGUUUGUAUAAUCUAUUAGUGAAGAAAGUGUUUAUGAAGGUGUUGAUUCCUCUUUGUAAAAAUUGACAUUUUGUUUUCACACAGCUGAUUUACACUGAUUUUGCAAUUCCCUCCCAAAUGGGGAUCGAAAAGGAAUAUCGAGAUAUUGAAAUGAACCAGUGCUCAAGUGAAAAAUCUGUGCAAAACAUUUUAAUGCUCAUUAACUCUGGUAAAAUCAAAGUUCCGUGUCCACUGUGUUUUAAUUCUUUAAGACUUUUGUCACUUCCUAGUUCUUUGACUCAGUAAACAUAAUAAUUCAUUAGAAUUCAGUUAAGAAACAACUGUCAAGUUCCAGUAUAAGAUCAAGAGCGACCUUAAAGACAGGAUAAAGGAAUACUGAUAGUACAGCUGUGAGGUGAAGCUGAAACUCGAAGCAAGAGACGAAGAUGAAGUUUCUUGAAAAUGCAAAGUUUGAGGCGAUCAAUGCAGCGCUUUCAAUUGAAAUGGAAAACUACAGGACUGAGGGAAGACUGGAAAGUUAUUCAUGCAAGAUGGCUGGGAAUGACAAGCGUCUUUUCAAGACUUUGAUGCAGGAGUCACAUGACAAUAACCCAAGAGAUCUUCAAGUUCUGUCUCCUCCACAGAGCACCAUAUCACUCAGCCCGGCCAAGAGUUAUGGUCGGAGUAUGAGUGAUGGCGAGAGCUACUUGUGUGACACCAUCUCGACGAAGACACUAUUUUACCUCAUCUCCACACUCAACGCCUCGUUUAACCCAGACUAUGACUUCAGCAAUGCUAAAAGUGAUGAAUUUAGCAAGGAGCCCAGUGCUGAGUUUGUGUUGAACGCAGUUGAAAGCCAGCUUCAGACAGUAGCUAAUGAAGCCUUUAGUAAUCUUAAGCAGAAUCUGUGGACGGCCAUUGAUGAGGAGAUCAACCUACGGGAAUGCGAUGUAUACAGCUACAAUCCUGACCUGUCCUCCGACCCGUUUGGUGAAGAGGGAUGCACGUGGUCGUUCAACUAUUUCUUCUACAACAAGAAAAUGAAGCGGAUUGUUUUCUUCACUUGCAAGGCUACCAGUGGUCCGUAUGGAGAUUCUGGGAUUGGGACAGACAUUUCCAUGGAUGAAUCCAGUGACAUGAUGUUCGAGAAAUCGAGACGAUCGAUGUGGGAAUAUUAAACCAAGUAACAAGAUUUACAUUGAUAUGGAAUGAAUGUGUUGAAUGCCAAACUUGAUAGCUGCACCCAGACACUAGCCCAUAUUGAAGGAAGGAGCACUCAACAGUACCAUUGUGAAGGAGCACUCAACAGUUUCCAUAAACUUGAUUGGGCACAUUAUCACAUACACAUUUUGCAACUUACAGUAGCCAAGAUUCUGUUGUUAAAAUGAUUGUAUAGGCACAUUUGGCUACUUGUGAUAAAAUAAUAAGUUAAGUUGUUUGUUUUUUUAUUAAAUUUGUGAUUCAAAAACAUGUUUUGCAACAAAUUUUAAAUAGUAUGGAACUUCAUGUUAACACUGAUUUGUCAAAGUAACAAUUGGAUAGGGGUAAUCAAAGAAUCAUCUCAUCAUCAUCAUCAUCAUCAUCAUCAUCAUCAUCAUCAUCAUCAUCAUCAUCAUCAUCAUCUGUGUGAGAAAAGUAAUUACCGUACAAACUAGAGAAGUGAACUUGAGUAAUAGGCAUUUUUUGUAAUAAUGUAUAGCUAGUCACUGUGUACAAUUUUACUAUCCCAUUGCAGCCCCUUAUGUACAGCUAAGAUCCCUUACAAAUAAAAGGCAAGAUUGUUUGAAUGACUUAAAUAGUUUAUGAUUAUAUGUUUCACAUUUCUGCCAUUCACAUUUGUUUGAGUUUUAUGUUUUAUCUCAUCUUUUCUUCAAAGACAAAGUCUAGGUCCAUUGGCCAUGACUAGGUAUUGUAGUCUUGGGUGUUGCCAUUGGCCAUGACUAGGUAUUGUAGUCUUGGGUGUUGCCAUUGGCCAUGACUAGGUAUUGUAGUCUUGGGUGUUGCCAUUGGCCAUGACUAGGUAUUGUAGUCUUGGGUGUUGCCAUUGACCAUGACGAGGUAUUGUGGUCUUGGGUGUUGCCAUUGGCCAUGACUAGGUAUUGUAGUCUUGGGUGUUGCCAUUGGCCAUGACUAGGUAUUGUAGUCUUGGGUGUUGCCGAUGCCAUUGGCCAUGACUAGGUGUUGUAGUCUUGGGUGUUGCCAUUGGCCAUGACUAGGUAUUGUAGUCUUGGGUGUAGCCAUUGGCCAUGACUAGGUAUUGUAGUCUUGGGUGUUGCCAUUGGCCAUGACUAGGUAUUGUAGUUGUGGGUGUUGCCGUUAGCCAUGACUAGGUAUUGUAGUCUUGGGUGUUGCCAUUGGCCAUGACUAGGUAUUAUAGUCUUAGGUGUUGCCGUUAGCCAUGACUAGGUAUUGUAGUCUUAGGUGUUGCCGUUAGCCAUGACUAGGUAUUGUAGUCUUGGGUGUUGCCAUUGGCCAUGACUAGUAGGUAUUGUAGUUUUGGGUGUUGCCGUUGGCCAUGACUAGGUAUUGUAGUCUUAGGUGUUGCCAUUGGCCAUGACUAGGUAUUGUAGUCUUAGGUGUUGCCGUUAGCCAUGACUAGGUAUUGUAGUCUUGGGUGUUGCCAUUGGCCAUGACUCAAAAUCAGUUCAAGAUACUCAAAUGAAACUUAAUACACAGGUUGCCGGAGACAAUAUGCCCAUGUGUAGCAAGGUCCAUAACACUGCCUUUGAUUAUUGUCAAGUUAUGCCCUUGUUUUAGAAAACCCAAGAAGAGCGAUUCAGUUUGAAUUCAGUUUGAUCUUGAAAUCCAUUUGAUUUCUGGAUAUUAUCAUUACUUAAGUAAUAGAUUGUAAUGUGUUGACCAACUUAUUGAUUUGUAUUCACAUAAAAUAAUUAAUUGAAGAAAGAUUCCUGAAUGUUCCUCAUAUUGACUCUUGAUUUUACACUGUGAAUGAAUUUCUUCCCUUUCCUUGAUAGAAUACCGGCUGAUUCAGCCACCCCUAGUUAAUGUACAUUUAAGUUAUGUACAAUUUCCAAAUAGAUUUUUCCUAUAAGAACACAGUGUACAUUUUUAAAGAAGCAAUUUGUGUGAUAACUUUGUGCUCUAGUUUUUUGUUUUUAAUUGUUUUGGUUUAUAGAUGGUAGUAUAUAUAUAUAUAUAUAUAUAUAUAUAUAUAUAUACUGUGAAAUCAUUUAUAUUCGUUUGCAUGAAAUUUGUGGCUUGCCGAAAAAUUACAAUUUGGUGGGUACUUGAAUUCGUGGUUUUUCAUUUUUGAAAAAAAAAAUUGUUUCAACAUGUUUAGACACGUGCUUCUGUCAUUUGGUUCAUAAAACACAUUAAAACGAUUUGGUUAAUUAUUUGUUAAAGGCAGAUAUAAUAUAUUAACAAAACAAUGAUAUUACGAUAUAUAGUGAGACGGUUAUAUACGAUGUAUACUGCGGCCUCUGUAACGAAUAAACUAGAGUAUGUACAUAACAUGGCAAUUGAAAAAGUGAAUAAAGGGUCUAUAUUUCGUGGGAUCUUGAAUUCGUGGAUCACCUAACCCACGAAAACCUCGAACAUUAAUGCCCCAUGAACAUUAAUGAUUUCACAGUAUGAUUCAAUGUGCAAAAACCAGGUCACAGGUUUAAAAUGCGUGGAAUUGGGUACUUUGUUUUCAUGCUGAUGUUUUGUUAACAUGCUGAUUUUCUAAGUGUGACUGUGGUUUUGUUUUUACUGUUAAUAAAGGAAGUGACAGAGUGAUAGCAAAAUCAGCUUAUGAAAACUGUGUUUUUUAACAACAUGAUUUCUCACAUUAUUUCAUUUCAAUGGUGGCUUGGUUGUCUCAAAUUGUCCCAUAAAUAUAUAAAUUCACCUAAUAGUCAUGUACAUAUUAAAACACUAAAUAUUUCCACUUAUGGUAUGUUCGGCACAAACUGUAUGUUCACCACUUUUUCGGACUUGAGUAGUCAAGUUUUUUUUAGAAAUUAUUCCUAACUGAUAUUUAGUACACCACAUAUGCUUUUUUGAUGAAAUUAACUUUUACAUGUGCUGUCACAGGAAUUUAAUGGCUUGACAUGUUUAUACAAAGUAUUUCUAGUAUAAUUUUAUUCAUAGGAUGGUACAAUAGAUUUUUUAGACAGGAUUCAUUCCAAAAUGAUUAUUAGUAUGUUACUUAUUUAUUUUGUUUUAUAACAUGAACCGGUUUGUCUAAUACAAGGAUUUUGAAUGGAAUUAAUGUCAAAUACAAAUAUAAGACAUUAAGUUCACUCACUACCUGAAUGUUAGGUAUUGACACUAAUUUGCUGAACUGUCUUUAUGCUUUUAGAAUGUUGCAUAACAGCUACAUUGUAUUGAACACUAGUUACAGAAUCCUUUUCUGGAAAGUUCUGUUUGGAAUGUCCCCUCAAUAUAGAACAUUGUCACAUUCCCCUCAGUAUAGAACAUUGUCACAUUCUCCCCUCAGUAUAGAACGUAGUCACAUUCUACCUUCAGUAUAGAACAUUGUCACAUUCUCCCCUCAGUAUAGAGCGUUGUCACAUUCUCCCCUCAGUAUAGAACAUUGUCCUCAGUAUAGAACGUUGUCAUAUUUUCCCCUCAGUAUAGAACAUUGUCACAUUUUCCCCUCAGUAUAGAACAUUUUCACACUCUCCCCUCAGUAUAGAAUGUUGUCACACUCUCCCCUCAGUAAAGAACAUUGUCACAUUCUCCCCUCAAUAAAGAACAUUGUCACAUUCUCCUCUCAGUAUAGAAUGUUGUCACAUUCUCCCCUCAGUAUAGAACAUUGUCACAUUCUCCCCUCAAUAUAUGAAACCAAUGUUUCUGAUGCAGGAGCCAUUUUGAAUUUUAGACAUAGCGACAGUCAUUUGAUUUGAGAUGAUGUAACCAACAGAAAGGUUGAUAUGUUGAGAGUGCUCUAGUGCUAUAGGUGUCUGUCCUAGAGCUUGUGGGUGCGAUUCCCACCAGGGGUACUUUCUGAAGGCUCGUCAAAAUGGGUGCCUUGGUGCUGGUUUCUACCAAGGAAACAGACUCAAGAGUGAUCCUUUAAGCUAUCAACUAAAGUAACAAUCCAACUAAAAGAAAUUAGCAUAAACUAACUAAACAGUUAGAUAAACAUUUAACUUUUGAGCUAAAUAGUCGUUAAGACUUUGUUUCUUCACAGUGGCUAUAAAAGUGUGAUUUGUUAAUCUUGCUUUGUUACUUUAUAGCAAAGGGUGUAACAGAGCCAGUCAGAUAAUGAACUGUUGAGCAGUUUAGGAGUUUAACAGUGUAGAAGUCAAUAGUCUAACGUGCAUUGAAAUUUGAGUUUUGUAUGCCCUUAAGAGCUUAGAUAAUUUUUGUAGAAUCUCUUGAAAUGACAUGAUUUUUAUUGUGUCAUCUGUAUGGUACUGUCAACAUUGGACAUACUAUAGAUAAUACUGUGUUUCACUUAGCUGCUUAUCUUUAUGGCUACAACUGAUAAACAGUAGUAUUGGCCUUUUCUAUACCACUCACUAAAAUGUUGCAUCCCAAGCCUUUCAGGUGUUCGUAUUUUUUCAUUAGUAAAUAAGGUGUUUGGAAGUAAAUAAAAACCUCAAAACGUGGGUCAGGUUAGUCCAAACUGAAUAUUUCUUGAUUGUUGCUUAACUUGUACUUGGCUGCUAAAUAAUAAUUGGUACACAGUUGUGUAUUUUUGUUUGUCUCAUUGUUUAUGUCUCAUUGUAUAUGCCCAAUAUUGUGCGCAUACAUUGAGCAUAUUUUUUAUUGUUAUAUAGCAAUCCGUUAACUUAUCAUGUUUUUGGCUAAAUGAACAAGAUUAUUUUUCAUUCAGUCAUUUGUUUCUAUGAUAUGAUUACUGUAUGCAUUGUGAAUCUUGUUGUUAACUAGAAAAUCAAAAUUGCAUAUAACUUGAUGGUGAACUUACAUUGCUUAUGUAAAAUUUGUGUUUGUAUAUUUGUUACAUUGCUUAUGUAACAUUUGUCUUUGUAUAUUUUGUUACAUUGCUUUUGUAACAGUGUUUUUAUAUUUUGUAACAUUGCUUAUGUGACAUUUGUGUUUGUAUAUUUCUUUUCUUUAACAUGUAAUCAAACUAAAAAAAAUUUAUCUGAGUUAUAAUUUCACAAUAUUUUUUCUCUUUGGCAGAAAAAGUGGUUGACAUUUUUAUUGUUCUGAUUUUCCAAAUUUUUACAGAUGUUUUAUUGUUUGAUCAGGUAGGAACUUUAGUUGUCAUUUUUGUACAUUGACUUUCAUGUGAUCUCUUCAUGUAAAUAUAUUGAUAUGAAGGCAUUCUUCAUUGGACAUUUCUAAUGAUUUUGGGUUUCAUUAUUUUAUGUCAACAUGUUACACCAUAUGAAAUGGGUAAACAUGUAUGUAAGAUAUAAUCUUUUUUCUAGCGGCUCUAGGCUUUUUUUCUGCAUAUUCUCAAAAACAGACUUAUCAAGUAACAUAUUCUAACAAACAAAAUGCAUUAUGCAAGCUAAUAAAUACAUUUAAAAUGGUCUGAUACAUAUGAUGAUUUAAUCAAGUUUAUCAAAUUUAUUGAAUAAAGCAAUGCAAAGUAUUAUACAGGAGGGUGGCAAUUUUCAGAAUAAACUUGAACAAGUUGUUGUUGUUUAUUUCUUGGCCUUCACAUUUACUUUAUUAGUAAUAUAUAUAUAUAUAAUACAUCAUUGACGUGCAUCACACGAUUUUGGCCGAAUGUCUGAAGCCUCAGACUCAGUUAUUUAAACCAGAGAAUUACUAUCAGAAUUACUAUAAACAAAUAUCAAAAUCACCAAAAAAGCCCUAUGAUGCCACAUAUUAUCUGUUAAUUAAUGUCGGAAUUAUUUGCCACGAGUUCACAUUAGUUGCUGUAAAUAUUUUACUUGCUUUUACUCUGUUUUUUAAAUGAUUAGAGUAUAAAUACCGGUAUAUUGCUGCCCCUGAGCCGUCUAGGUCAUUCAUUUAUAUUUGAUAUAUAAAGAAUACCGAAUAUCAACAAUGGUAUAAUACAAUCACAAUUUUAAAUACCCUCGAGUAGUAGUGAUAUUUUUUUGAAACAUAUUAAAAAAAUGAGUAAUUAUAUCAUGCCAAAUGCCUUAUCUUACAAUAUUCUGUUGUACUCUUGUUGAUAAGAUGGCUUCUGGGUAUUGUAUAUUUUAGAUGAGUAUCUAGACACACUGUUCUUGUUGUUUUUAGCUCACCUGAGCACAAAGUGCUCAAGGUGAGCUUUUGUGAUCGGUCUAUGUCCGCUAUCUUUUGUGCUCAAGGUGAGCUUUUGUGAUCGGUCUAUGUCCAGCGUCUGUCGUCCGGCGUCAACAAUUGGUUAUAAUCAUCUUCUUCUCCUAAACCACUUGGACAAUUUUGAUGAAACUUCAUAGGAAUGAUCCUUGGUUGGUGCUUUUUCAAAAUUGUUCAAAGAAAAUAAUUCCAUGCAGAACUCUGGUUGCCAUGGCAACCUAAAGGAAAAUGUCAACACUAGGUUAUAAUCAUCUUCUUCUCCUAAACCGCUUGGACAAUUUUGAUGAAACUUCAUAGGAAUUAUCCUUGGUUGGUGCUUUUUAAAAUUGUUCAAAGAAAUUAAUUCCAUGCAGAACUCUGGUUGCCAUGGCAACCUAAAGGAAAAUGUCAACAAUUGGGUAUAAACAUCUUCUACUCUUAAACCCCUUGGACAAUUUUGAUGAAACUUCAUUGGAAUGAUCCUUGGUUGGUGCUUUUUCAAAAUUGUUCAAAGAAAUUAAUUCCAUGCAGAACUCUGGUUGCCAUGGCAACCUUAAGGAAAAUGUCAACAAUUGGGUAUAAACAUCUUCUACUCCUAAACCCCUUGGACAAUUUUGAUGAAACUUCAUUGGAAUGAUCCUUGGUUGGUGCUUUUUCAAAAUUGUUCAAAGAAAUUAAUUCCAUGCAGAACUCUGGUUGCCAUGGCAACCUUAAGGAAAAUGUCAACACUAGGUUAUAAUCAUCUUCUCCUAAACCGCUUGGACAAUUUUGAUGAAGCUUCAUAGGAAUGAUCCUUUGUUGGUGCUUUUUCAAAAUUGUUCAAAGAAAUUAAUUCCAUGCAGAACUCUGGUUGCCAUGGCAACCUGAAGGAAAAAUUGCAAAACUUUUUUGGCAAAUACUAUGAAGCCUAGUGCUUUAAUAUUUGGUGUGUAACAUUGUCGAUUGGUUAUCUACCAUUUUUAUUCAAAUUAUGCCCCUGGAGAAAAAUUGGCCUCAGACCGUGGGCUACAAGUUCAUUAUAAAUACACUUUGUCAAAUUCUAAUAGUUAUGUAAAGUUUUUUCUUGAAGCAAGGGUAGCAAGUCUUGCUAUAUGGUCUCCCUUUUUGUUGGAGAUUCCACUACUUUCGAUUUUUAGUAACAAGGGAAUAUAUUUUAAAUUUUAUGAAGUCUUUAACAUAGUCACUUCUGAAGUAAUUAUUGUUCUUUUUUUAGAUUCAUAGAUUCAAAUAAUUAUUAUACACUUUAUUUUUUAGAAGAAAUUUCAUUUUUACUUAAUAAUAAAUUUAAUAAUCAGACUUGAACUUCAUGUAGAUUAUUGUUCAUGCAGAUGCUAUAAUCUUAUCUUCUGUGUGGAUAGUGUUUUUCACUUAUAACUUAUAUAAAGAAAAAUACUGUUAUUAACAUUAGAAGGAAUGUGAUGUUGUCCUAGACGGGUCAAGGUGAUAAUAUUAGUUGACGGAGUUGAAUGUGAUCUGAUACUUGAUUUUUAGAGCUUAAGGCAGUUUAUUGAUGGGUUGUGCACUGUUUGUUAUUUGUGUAUCUAUACUAAAAGUUCUUUCAGUGUGCAAGCAAUUUAACAUAGUUUUGUCAGUGUGCAGGCAAUUGAAAAAAGUCCUGUCAGUGUGCAGGCAACUGAAAAAAGUCCGGUGAGUGCAGGUAUCUAUACCAAGUGCUGUCAGUGUGCAGUCAAUUAUCGAGUCCUGUCAGUGUGGUGCGCAGGGAACUGAACAAAGUCCUGUCAGGUUGCAGGUGAGAAUCAUAUUCUGUCAGUGUGCCGUCAAGCAUCAAGUCUUGUCAGUGUGCAGGCAACUGAACAAAAUCCUGUCGGUGUGCAGGAAACUGUGACAAGUCCUGUCAGUGUGCAGGCAACUGUGACAAGUCCCGUCAGUGAUUAUCCAGGCAACAUGUUUGACGAGUAUGUUUUUAUGACCCCGAAGGUGGGCAUAUUAAAAUUGCACCUUCCGUCCGUCUGUCCUGUGUCUGGCUCAAUAACUCGUGUCCGUGCUGUAACUUUCUCUUGUAUGGACAGAUAUUAAUAUAACUUGUCACAUGUGUUCAACAUACCAAGACGACGUGCCGUGUGCAAGACCCGUGUCCUUACCUCUAAGGUCAAGGUCACACUUAGUGUUUAUUGACAAUGGAAUGCUGCAUAUAAGUACAUAAAGUAUAUGUUAUCAUGUCCGAGCUGUAACUUUCUCUUGUAUAGACAGAUUUUAAAUUGACUUGCCAUGUGUGUUUGACAUACUAAGACGACGUGUUGCGUUUAAGACCUGUGUCCCUCCCACUAAGGUUAAGGUCACACUUAUGUGUUUAUUCACAAUGGAAUGCUGCAUAUAAGGACAUAGAGUAUAGGUUGUCGUGUCCGGGCUGUAGCUUUCUCUUGUAUGGAAAUAAUGUAAAAUGACUUGCCACAUGUGUUUGACAUAUCAAUACGACUUGUAGCGUGCAAGAUUUGUGUCCCUACCUCUAAGGUCAAGGUCACACUAAGUGUUAUUCACAAUGGAAUGCUGCAUAUAUAAGGACAAAGAGUAUAGGUUGUCGUGUUCGGGAUAUAAAUUUCUCUUGUAUGGACAGAUUUUAAAAUAACUUGCCACAUGUGUUCCACAUACCAAGACGACAUGUCGCCUGCAAGACCUGUGUCCCUACUUUUAAGGUCAAGGUCACAAUUAUUGUUUAUUUACAAUGGAAUGCUGCAUAUAAGUACAUAGAGUAUAGGCUUUCGUGUCCGGGCCGGGACUUUCUCCUGUAUGGACAGAUUUUAAAAUGACUUGCCAUAUGUUUUCGACAUACCAAGACGACGUGUCGUGUGCAAGACCCAUGUCCCUACCUUUAAGGUGAAAGAUACACUUAAGUGUUUAUUCACAAUGGAAUGCUGAAUAUGAGGACAUAAGAGUGUUGGCUGUCAAGUAUGGUUGGUAUUUUUUCUAUGCUCAGAGGCAAUUUAAAAUAACUUGCCAUAUGUAUUUGACACAUAAAGGCAAGAUCAACUUUUUAUGUACUUGUUCAUAGGUCAAUGUCACAUUCGGGGGCCUUUGUCACAUACUGUGACAGCUCUUGUUCAAUAUUUUUUGAGAAACAAGCUAUAUUGAUAACAAAGGUUAAACUUGUUUACUCAGGUGAGCGAUUUAGGGCCAUCAUGGCCCUCUUGUUUUUAAUACUGUUAGUUUUCUCUUAAGUUUUACUGUGUACUGUAUAGACCCUCAAAAAUGAACAUGUAUACUGAUAGAAAUGAUGUGUGUAAAUUUUGUAUAAAAUAAAAUUGUUUUACCUUUA